AUGUCCACAAACCCGCGACCUGCAAAGCGGCAGCGCAGGUCGAAAGUGCUGUCCGAUGACGAUGACGAGCCUCCAGUCACAAAGUCGAGUCUACCGCUUCGGCGACAAGCACCAUUACGAAAUUCCAAUGGCUCCAAAGCGGCGAUCAGUCGUACAAUCUCAAGCAGGAAUGGCGUCAAGCCAUCAUCAGCCAGACCAUCUCCGAAGUCAUCCCCAGAGAAGGGUAAGAAGUUCAGCAAGCUAGACCCCAACGAGAAUACAAACAAGUCUCUACAUACUUUCUUCAACCGAGUGUCCGAACAAGACAGAUGGCGCAAGAGAUCUGCUACGCCGGACGAGGUCAAAAGAUUGGACCCGUUCCUGGAGGAUAUCGUUGAUGAUGACGACGAUUCCAUGGAAGAGGCAUUGCACGAAGCAAUACGUAGAUCGGAGACAGACUCAAUACGUUCUGCUACGAAUGUGAAAUCAGUUGCAGCUGUGUCUGCGACUCAGCCAGCGGCCGUGCCUUCUUCUAGUCAACGAUUUCGCAAGCCUACCUUGCCAGCGAAAGCCAAGCAGGCAGACGAGGUUUCUGUUACCGAAGAACAGUCAGAGACGAAGCCUUGGGCUGAUAGAUAUGGUCCUGUAUCUCUCGAAGAGGUCACUGUACACAAGAAAAAGAUUCAAGAUGUUCAAAAGUGGGUUGAGGAUGCCCGGGCUGGAAGAUCACGCCAGAGAAUCCUUAUUCUAAAAGGUCCAGCUGGCGCCGGUAAAAGUACUACGUUGAAGUUCAUUGCUCAUAACCGACGAUGCGACCUCGUGGCCUGGCAGAAUCCCGAUACCUCUGAAGCUGGCACAUUAUCUGGCAGUAUGCAGUUUGCCGACUUCGUGACUCGUGGCGGUGAUUACGGUGCUCUGCCUAUGAGCAGUACUGGUACUCCUAUUAGUACAACGAGCAAUGCUCACAUCUUGACAAUUGAAGAAUUCCCAGCCUCGACGACAAACAACUUACGUGCUCUUGAGUCCUUCAGAUCUGCUCUCCUCCGUGCUGCCACGACAAGCAAUACCUCGUUGUCUUCGUUCAGCAAACCUUUCGAACCUCGACACCUGCCACCAAUCGUUUUAGUGAUAUCUGAAACCCUAGUCAGCUCUUCGACAGCUUUUACAGACAGCUUUACAGCUCAACGUUUACUUGGCCCGGAAUUGAUCAAUCAUCCUGCUGUGUGCGUGAUAGAAUUCAACUCUGUGGCACCCACCUUUCUCAGCAAGGCCCUUGACCUUGUUGUGAGGAAGGAGGCUCGAGAUUCGAAGAGGAGAAGGAUCCCCGGUCCUGCUGUGCUUCAACGGUUGGCAGAAAUUGGUGAUAUUCGCAGUGCUAUCAACUCGUUACAAUUCCUAUGCACUCGCGGAGACAACAACGAAUGGUCAGGCACUGUCGCCACGAUGUCUAAACGAGUAACGAAGUCGAAUCAACCUCUAACACCUAUAGAGGAGAAUAGCUUGAAGCUGAUAAGCUCCAGAGAAACAACUCUUGAUAUGUUCCAUGCUGCUGGAAAGGUAUGCUACAACAAAAGAGAGGAUCCUCGGCUUGGUGAUCCCAAAGCUCACCCUCUUCCUAAACCACCAGAUUUUCUAAGCCGUCUACACCGACCAAAAGUCUCCCAGGUUGACGUGGAAGAGCUUCUCAAUGAAACAGGUACUGAUAUACAGACAUUCGUCUCUACUGUACAACAAAAUUAUAUCCUGUCCUGUAAUCACGAAGACUUUGUUGAUUAUUUCGAUAGUUGUGCAACUGUACUUUCAGAUAGCGAACUUCUGGAUCCUGAUAGCCGAAUGUCAAUUCGCAGCAAAGCGAGAGCCUCCGCAUCACAAAAUACCCUUCAAUUAGGGACAUCGGAUUCACUGCGCCAGGAUGAAAUUAGCUUCCAGGUCGCAACCCGUGGGGUGCUCUUCAACUUACCCUUUCCAGUGUCACGUGCUGCGCCUCCAGGUGCUGGAAAAGGUGCUGCGCACAAGAUGUAUUAUCCUGUUUCACUAAGAUUAUGGCGUCCCAUCGAGGAGACGAAUGGACUUAUUGACUUAACCAUUUCUCAGCUGUCGGGACGUGCGACUCUCAAUCCAGGUCGAGUACAGGAUACUGAAGGCGUAGCAUCAUGGAGGACAAGAGCAAACACAUUCGAGACAGGUCCAGCACCGACUGAGUCUGAUACCAACGACGCCAUGCCACGUGCAGACCUUUCCAGAGAUAAUCUGGUCCUCGACACUCUUCCAUACAUGACCAGAAUCAAAACUGCCCACGGUCACGACACAAGCAUCCUCCAAAAGAUCACACAAUUGCACGGCUUCAACGCAAUGUCCGAAGGCGAAGCUGACGAUGACGAGUCACCGACCGAACAACCAACGAGCACUGUCAAACUGACGCAAAAGAUAGAAUCUGCGUAUCAGACCUUACAAGCUCGACGAGAUUAUCAUCAUCAGCAGCAGCAGCAUGGGAAGAAAGAGGCUGUCGAGGAAUCACUAAUGGAAAAGUUGUAUAUUGAAGACGACGAUAUUGAAGACGAUUGA